AUGGAGGAACUACAGGUUAUAAAACCUAUUGAGGAGCCAACUGAAUUUGUAAAUUCCAUGGUAAUUGUACAUAAAAGCAAUGGAAAGUUGCGUGUUUGCCUGGACCCCAGAAACUUGAAUAGGGCUAUAUGUAGAGAACAUUUCAAGUUACCCACUCGUGAAGAAAUUAUGGCGAAGUUUGCUGGUGCAACAGUCUUUUCAAAGCUUGAUGCAUCAAGCGGAUUUUGGCAACUACAACUGGAGGAAAAAAGUUCCAAAUUAUGUGCCUUUAAUACUCCAUAUGGUCGAUAUCGGUUUCUUCGUUUACCAUUCGGAAUCUCCAGUGCACCAGAGAUCUUCCAUAGAACUAUACACCUUUUGUAUGAGAACAUGAGGGGCGUGGAUACAUCCAUGGACGAUAUCAUAGUAUGGGGAGUUGAUCAGGCAGACCAUGACAGAAACUUGCGAAACGUGUUAGAUAAAACGCGAGAAGCUGGGUUAAAACUACAGCGUGAGAAAUGUGAAAUUUCUGUGCCCGAGCUAACAUUUCUUGGAGAUAGAGUUACAAAGAACGGUGUUAAGCCUGACCUCGAAAAGGUCAAAGCUAUUCAAGACAUGGAAAACCCCCAAGUGCAAAAACGAUAUUCAACGUUUCCUAGGGAUGAUCAACUACUUAGCGCGUUUUAUAAGAGACUUGUCAACGCAUACAGCACUCUUGAGAGUCCAGUACUUCAGUACUACGACCCCACAAAGUUGAUCAGGAUUUCUGCAGACGCAAGUCAGAAAGGACUUGGCGCAGUACUUCUACAAAAGCACAACACCGAGUGGCUCCCUGUUGCGUAUGCAUCACGGGCAUUGACGGACACAGAAUCACGAUAUGCAUCGAUCGAGCGGGAAGCAUUGGCGGUUGUCUAUGCAUGUGAAAGGUUCCACCAGUAUGUGUACGGAGCAAAGUUUGAGGUCGAAACAGACCACAAACCACUAUUAGCGAUUUUUACAAAAGGUUUAAAUGAUUGUCCGCCCAGGAUACAACGAUUCCGACUACGGGUACAAAAAUAUGACGUAACCUUAUUACAUACACCAGGAAAGUAUAUGUACACUGCGGACACGUUGUCGCGAGCUCCAGUUCAUGGUGAACAGUCCACAACCGAGAAUGACGUUGAGGUAUAUGUUGAUGGAGUCAUGGCAAAUAUUCAAGUCGCAGAUCGUAAACUUGAAGAGAUACGUGUACAAACACAAAAAGAUACAGUGCUCAUUAGCUUAAAAAACACCAUUAUGGAUGGAUGGCCAGAGAGUCGCAGUGACUGUUCUUAUGAGAUACGACCAUUUUGGAACUAUAGAGAUGAACUGUCAGUGAUUAAAGGGAUAGUAUUCAAGGGAUCCAGAGUGGUAAUUCCUAAAAAUCUCAGGAAAGACAUGUUACAGAAAAUACAUGCUGGACAUUUAGGCAUGAGCAAAUGUAAACAAAGAGCACGCGAAGUGUUAUUUUGGCCUAGCAUGACUGAGGACAUAGAGAAUUUGGUGAAAAUUUGUGAACCAUGUCAAGUUCACCAGAAACAACAGAUGGCUGAACCAUUGUUGUCACACCCAAUACCGUCAAGACCAUGGCAGAAAGUCUCAACAGACUUGUUUGAACUGGAUAGAACCCCAUAUAUUGUUGUCGUAGAUGCCUUUUCUGGCUACCCUGAGGUGGUACAACUAACCAAUCAAACCUCAACAGCGGUGAUCCAAGUCAUGAAGACUACUUUUGCUAGAUACGGCAUACCUGAACAGGUAAUGAGUGAUAAUGGCCCUUGCUAUAGUAGCAAGGAGUUUCUUAAAUUUGCGGAGGAAUGGGAUUUUCAGCAUGUGACUAGCAGUCCAGGAUAUCCGAAAUCCAAUGGUAUGGCUGAACGAGCAGUCCAAACUAUGAAAUCCAUUAUUCGCAAAUGUAAACAAACCAACCAAGAUCCACACCUAGGAUUAUUGGCAUACAGAACAACACCUAUGGAGAAUGGAUUAUCUCCUGCUGAGAUGUUAAUGGGUAGACAACUCCGCUGUAAUUUGCCCAUUGCAACUGGAAAACUAAACAAACCCGAAGACCACUAUGUCAUGUCGUGGAAAGAAAGACAGAGAAAAACACAGAAGUAUUAUCAUGAUCGGGUUGCAGUUAAAACGCUUGAACCACUCACAGAAAAUACAAAGGUUCGACUUUGUGAACUAGGAGAAAAGAACUGGAGAAAAUAUGGAACUGUGAUUGGUCCGGCAGGACCAAGGUCCUACAAGGUUAAGUUGAAUGACAGAACAGUGAGACGAAAUAGAAAGGAUCUACGUGUAACAGAUCCUAACCUUGAACGCGAACUUGAUGUGGAACGUGAACCUGAUGUUGAACGCGAACCAGAAUUUGAAGUUGACUGCAAACCAGAACUUAACCCAGAGCCAGAACUCGGCAAUAGUGACAUUGAGACGAGUAACAUGUACAAAACACGCAGCGGUCGUGUCAUUAAAGCCCCCAAAAGGCUGAUUGAGGCCUAA